AAUGUAGGCAUCUUCCUCAGAAGACAACAUAAAUAGUUUCAUGGCGGUUACUGGAUGCUAGGAUUAUUAGAAAGCAUUGUCAUAUAUUUAAAUGGCUGAAAAUAAGCUUGAUGUAUUGAAAAACUUUAUUUAGACUGCAAUUCAACUCUAUAUGGAUUUUGAGGGAGGUCAAAGUCAAAGCUUUUAAUAGAAGACAUAAUAAGAUUAAUAAUAAUAGAGGUCAACCAUUUAAGAAACUCCUAAGGGUAUAAUCUAUAGCGUAUAGAUAUAGGAAUUGUUUAAAGUUCUUAUUAAGGUAUUUCCAGAUAACCUUAAGAUAUUGCAUUAAUUGAAAAAUAUAGAAAAUAUUAUGAAGAAAAAAGAUUAAAAGAUGAUGGCAUAAUGAAAAAAACUUUUCAACUAGGUGCUAAUUUUAUCUCUAAUAUUUGUAAUGAAUAUGUUGAUAUUUAGUUAAUUAUGCACCUAAUUAUGGAAAUGAAUUUUUGAAAUAUCUCUAACAACAUUAGAUUCAAAAAGACAUAGCAUUUAAAUCUGGAAAUUUUUAAGAUUAAUUGAAAUUAGCAAAUUAAGAAACUAGACCAUUAUUAGUUUAUUUACAUAAUCUUUAAAGUUUAAUGAUAUUGUAGAAAAUGUCUAAUUGCAAAUCCUUAGUCACAAAUCUAAAUAAAAAUUAUAAUAUAGUUGGAUUCUUGAGUAGUGCAUAGGUUUAUGAACAAUUGCCAAAUAAACCAGAUCCACCUGCAAUUCUAAUAUAUAAAUUAGAUAUAGUAGAUGAAGUUGUUUUAAUGGAACAUAUACCUUUAUCAAUAGAUACUAAUUUUGAAGAAAUCACUUAAAAAAUUAAGUAAAUAAGAGCAACUUUUAAUAAAGAAUAUAUUUAUACAGAAAAUAUAAAAAAAGAAGUUACUUCUCCUAAUUAAUUUAACUAAAAUUACUAUCAUCAAAAUUAACAAAAUUUCCAUCAUGUUUAAUAAUAAUAAUAGUAAAUUUAAAAUUAAAGAUAAAAGGAAGAAUAAAAAUAAAGAGAUUUAUUAAUUCAAUAAUAAAAAGAAGCUUAUCGUUAUGCAGAAUAAUAAGCAAUGGAGAAAAAAAGAAAGGAUGAAGAAUUAAGAUUAUAAGAAUAAGCAAAAUAAUUUGAAUAAUAAUAAAAAGAAGUAUUAUAAAAUAUUUAUUUGUUUAGGAACAAAGAUUAUUGUAAAAAGCUUAAUUAUUAUCAAAUCUACCAGAAGAACCUUAAAACUAAUAAGGUAUUUCAAUAUUGUUCCGAUUUAUAAAUGCAACAAGAACUAGAAGAUUUAAUUUUAAUGAUAAAAUUUAAGUAUAUAUAAUUUCUAUAUAUAGGUUUUAUUUGAUUUUGUAUAAAGUCAAGAAGAUGAUUGUUUUCAUGAUCCAUAUGCAAAAAUUGAUUUAAUAUAAAAUUUCCCAAGACUAUCAUUAAAAGAUAAGAUUGAAUUCACUAUUAGCGAAGUGUUUAUUGAUUCUGAAAUGGAAUAAAUAAUUGUAGAUGAACAAGAGUGA